AUGUCUUUUGAGACAGUCAUGCCUCCUUUCAACUCGAGCGACCCAUCCGCCAACUUCCUAAGCUCAUCCUGCUUAGACUUCCUCCUUAUUGAGCUCGUCCCGCUCGCAUACCGCGUCACUCACGAGCGAGACACGACUCUCUCGGACCCGAGCAGCACACCCGCAGAUGUCGCAUCAACGAGCCAUGCCGUGAGCUCCAAUGCCGCCGGCGUAGUCGCUGGCGCCGCCACGAGGAAGGACCAGGAGGAGGAUCUAGAUGCAGUGCAUCAUCGUCUGGAGAUGCUAGGCUAUAGAGUCGGCCAGGGGCUGGUGGAGAGGUUCUCAAGAGAUCGACCCCGGUUCAACGAUACCCUUGACGUUAUCAAGUUCCUCUGCAAAGACCUGUGGACGCUGGUGUUUGGCAAGAACAUUGACAACCUAAAGACGAAUCACAGGGGCGUCUACGUCUUGACAGAUAACGUCUUCCGGCCCUUCUCCCGCAUGAGCACAGAAGCAGGCGGCCAAGCCAUAGUCCGCGCUCAACCGUUCUUAUGGUUCCCCUGCGGCAUCGUUCGAGGCGCCUUGGCGGCCCUGGGCAUCAACACCACGGUCCAAGCCGAGAUCAACGAGUUACCGGGAGCCGUGUUUCAAAUCAAGACUAUUCCCAAUAAGCCCUAG